AUGGGUGAUUCUGUCUCCCCUGCUGGCAUCGGAAGCUACAGCACCUUACUGCAGCUACAAGCUGGUCUGGCCUGGAAGAGAAUGACUAUUGAAGAAGAACUAACAGGUGCCGGCCACAAAGACAAAAUGUCUACAGAAGAGAUUCUCCACACUGUCACCCAGUCUCCAGACCCCGCCAUGUACUGGCCAAGACCAUCCUCUGAAAAGACACAGGAUAUUUCCCAUUUAUUGACAAGCCUUUUCAAAAAUGUAUACACUGGAGAAAUCAUUGGUAAAGAUACAGGAGCUAAUCUGAUCCGGUCUAAGGGAGGAGACAACCCUCAUCAUCAGAAGUUUGUGGAGGAGCUGCAGCAGAUUCGUGCAGAGUAUGAUCACAGACUGGCAGAGUCUGAUAUGGUGGAGCAUCACAUCAUCCAGGCACGAGCACGGGCUAUGGCAGAGGAGGAACGAAUACUUAACUGCAUGAAGAAUGAAGCAGAAGACACCCACCAAAACCUGGGGCUACCUCCAGUUCAGUCAUAUUUCAGAUGGUGUGUUAAUAACGAUCUGCUUAAAAAACAUAAGCUCAUCUCUCCUGAAGACUACAUCACUGAUGUGCAUCACAGUAGCAAGGCUCCUAGAGGCUUCUCAGAUCCCUCAUUUUACAAAGAGACAUUCAGUUUCCAUCAACACAUUUCCAGAAGCCCUGUGGAUGAUGGUUACUGUGACCCAGCAGCUUCUGAUAUAGCAGUAAGGGAUAUUUUAAAAGCCUCUUCCUCUAACUUGACAUUGUUAUCUACCUGCGAUAAAUCUACACCAAAAAAGAGUUUACAGAAGACGGAGCUGAGUGCUGAAGACAGAGAGGCUCAACGUACUCAGUUGGCAAAACUAGAGAAGCGGCACAAUUUCCUAAAAAACCCACGCUUUUUACCACCAAACAGCCUGCACGGAGGAAGGUCUCUUAUUCUACCUACAAAGAAAGGAGAAACAUUGAUAUCUGGAAGAAAAAGAGUAAUUGAAGAACACGAUCCAAAUGAGCCAAUACCAGUAUUUCUAGCUAACCCACCUGUUAUCUUCUUCCCAGAAUAUGAGAUUGGACAGAUAUAUGAGAUGACGGUGGAGUUGAGGAACAUGACAGCAUCAAGCCGUCACGUGCGGAUCAUCCCUCCUUCUACUGCAUAUUUCUCUGUUGGGCUUGGGAAGUUUCCUGGAGAGGGCGGAAUUGUAGCACCGGGUAUGAGUUGUCAUUACACAGUGCGGUUUGUUCCUGAUUCUCUGGCUGACUUUGAGGAUUUCAUAUUGGUGGAGUCACAAGCACCAUAUCCAGUUUUAGUCCCUAUUGAAGCAAGGCGGCCACCUCCAGUACUAACAUUGCCUCGGAUUCUGGACUGUGGUCCAUGCCUAGUCGGAGGAGUAAAGGUCUUUGAAUGUCUCUGCAGGAAUGAGGGGCUGAAUCGUGGAAGAUUUUGCAUUAUGCCCAAAAGUGUCUGGCCUCCAGCAAACUUUAGAAGUAUAGCAACAGCCGGAUUUGUUGAGCAGGCACCCUUCGGAAUCCACCCAGCCAUGUUUGAACUGUAUCCUGGACAAGAAACUGUUAUUGAGGUUGUCUUCUACCCUACAUCCUUGGACACCUACAGUGAGGAUUUCACCAUUGUCUGUGAUAACUGCCAGAUCAAGGACCUCACACUGACAGGAUAUGGGCAGCUUGUGGGCUUAGAGCUGGUGUCUGUCAGUGAAGGUAAAAGCAUUUCAUGUCCUGAUGGGCCUACUGAUGCCGAAGCUGAACAUUCAUUAUGUUUUCCCAGUACAAAUUUACAUUCCACAGUGCAAAAGAACAUUGUCAUUAGGAACACAACGCAUGUGGAGCUUCCAUUCUACUGGCAGAUUAUGAAGCCAACUUUCCAAGAUUUGCAACCAGGAGAAACUGUGGAUGUAGCAAAAAUUAGAAAUAAUAUUGACACAAACCCUGCUUUUAUGAUUAUCCCUGUGCAAGGCAUCCUCCAGCCUCAUCAAGACCACAUGUUCACAGUGAUGUACACACCAACUGAGCUAAUUGAAUAUCACAGUGUGGCUCAGAUGGUAUUAAGUGACAUUCCAGAGAAUCCAAGUGCAAAAAAACAUCCUUUGAGCAUUUCAGAACUGGCUCCUGCACUAAAUGAUGUCAUUGUGCUCGAUCUGGAGUUCAAAGGGACCACCGAGCCAUUUCAUAUAGUUCUGGAGCCUUAUGCAAUCAUCUUUUCUGGAGAAAAUUUUAUUGACACCAAUAUGAGAAAGAGGUUCAUAAUGUGGAAUAACAGCAUAUCCUCUGUCCAGUUUGAGUGGGAUACCAUCACAUCUCCGAACAUUAUCCAGAUUGAGCCACACAAUGGAACUAUUGAGCCCGGUAAGUUCUGUGAAUUUGAACUGAUCAUCACUGGAUUACAAUCUGGAUCCUGUAGAGAGAAUGUGAAUUGCCACAUAUUACAUUCUUUGGAACCGGUGGUGUUACAUGUGGAAGCCAAUUUUAAGGGUCCAGUGGUUUCAAUAGCCAUCCCAUCGAUUGACUUGGGACUCAUAAAGCUGGGUAAUAAAAUUCUUAGUACCUUUACCAUUGAAAAUAUGAGUUCACUGGCUGCAAAGUGGAAGAUGUGUGAGAGCAGAGCCUGCCUUACUGAAAGAGGAGUAGAGGAUUCCCAAUUUUCCAUUACUCCUGACAGUGGAGUGUUAGCCCCUUUGUGCACAGCACAGGUUUCCGUCCUGUUUAAGCCAUUGACCUGUCAGAGGCUAAAUACAGUAUUGGAAUUGAAAGUGGAGAAUAGUGAAGGGAGCUACUUGCCAGUUGUUGCUGAUGUCCAGGUGCCCCAGGCUUGUCUCAUUUCCAGCUGCUUAGUGUUUCCUGAAAUCUAUGUUGGUGUCCCUGCUCAGUCUACAGUAAAAAUGUUCAACCAAGGGCGACUCCCAGCAUCUUUUUCAUGGGAAGAGCUGACUGAUAGUCAUUCCAUGAUAUACUCGGCCACUGUCACUCCACCUAGUGGCCUGUUAGGACCUAAUGAAGAGGCUGAGGUGUGUGUGACUCUGAUACUUCAUACAUUGGAUGAACUGAAUGAUGUGGCUUUGUGUUGCCGGGUAGAAGAUAUGAAGGAUCCUCUGGUUCUGAAUUUAAAAGCAAAAGCCCGAGGAUUGCACGUCACCUACUCCCUUCCUGAUGGAGAAGAGAGUUUAAAAGAUACAGCCCCCUCGUCUCCACAAGAACUGCAGCUAGAUUUUGGAUCAGAUGUGGUUUUGCAGAGCAAAGUGCAACGGACGCUAAUCCUCACCAAUCACACUGGGAUAUCUGCUCCAUUCUCAAUCCAGGCAUUGUACUUCACUGGUUGUCCCCUUCCACAGGUGUCAGUAAGCAAAAAUUCCACGGUAUCUGUCAUGCAAAGGAGCGCUAGGUUUGCAGAGGAAGCGGCCAGAAGAGCAGAAGCUGAUACAAGAGCAUUAAUAUUAUCAAAUGAGAAAGGGGCUGCUUUUAUUGCUCAGCCAUGUUCAGGAAUACUUGGGCCAUUCCAUCAGAUAUCCAUUGAUGUGAUUGCUUACAACAACAUGUGGGGAGAGUAUUCAGAUCAUCUUGUCUGUACGGUUGGAGAUCUAAACCCUAAGGAGAUCCCUUUGAAAAUGACUGUAAAGGGAUGUCCCCUCUACUUCCAAAUGACAGGACCAAGACCUAACCGGCAGACAGAAGGGCCUGCAUUAAGGUUUGGCACACAUGUGUCUGGUGGAGACACCAUUUCUCGCUGCUUGCGUAUUAACAAUCCAAGUCCUUUUGACAUCCGCCUAGAUUGGGAGACAUAUAACCGAGAAGAGGAUAGCUCCAAGCUUGUAGACCUUGUGCUGCUCUAUGGAGACCCUUUCCCUCUGAAGGACAUAGAUGGGAAUGAAAUUGUGGAUUCCAGUAUAGAUACCCCAGAAAGUGGCAGCUCAUCUCAGGACUGGGAUAAAAUCCCCAGUACAUCUGGGUCAUCAGUUUCUCUAAGAAGCCCCAGUCAUAUAAAUGGUAUGGAACAGAUUGCAGAGGCAGAAGAAGUGAGUGACAAUCAUGAUGACCGAGAAAGGGAAUUCUCUCCAGAACAAAAGUUAAUUUCCGUCGUUCUGAGGCCUCAUGAAGGAGUGGCCUCUGAUUACCCAUACUGCAUCACUCCAAGGCAGACAAUUGUUCCUGCUGGGGGUUACAGUAGCAUACACGUGUCCUUCACUCCUCUUAUGCUCUCUGGAGUCACCAAGAAGGUAGAAUGCAGUGGAUAUGCCCUGGGAUUUCUAAACUUGGAUGACAAGUCAGCAAAACUUGUACCCGGGAGAGUAAAGCGGCAGCAUGGAUAUGGGGUGGAACCAAUCAAAAUAGAGCUUCAGGCAUUUGUGAAGCCAGCAUUGCUCACCGUAGAAGUGGAAGAGGAUGAUGAGGAAGGGCUGGUGUUUUACUCUGUGGCAAGUGAUCUCAUCCCAAACAAGAAAACCUCUCCAAUAUUAACUGACAUUGCGACAACUCGGAACAUGAAACUGAUCAACUGCACAGAAACCCCUCUGUACUUCCGUCUGCUAUUGUCCAACCCUUUCUCUGUUUCUGCCAUUGAUCCAAACAAAAGUGUCCGGACAUCCCAGAGUGACCGUGAGGACCGUGGAGAGCAGAUUGUGCUUCACCCACAACAAAAUACAUUGGUGAAAUUGUCCUUCUGCACCACUCUGGAACUGCUGACCUACCAACAUCUUCCAGAGGAUCAGAUGCUGCCGGGAGUGAAGUUGCUGCAGUCAGAGAAUGGAGAGAGGAGGCUGCACUUCUCCCAGCAGUUGCUGAUAGAGUAUAGUAAUAAUAGCACACAGCAAGUGGCACUAAGUGCAUACAUCACAGUGCCAGUGCUACAGCUUUCAAGUGACACAGUGGAUUUUGGUACAUGCUUUGUUGGACAGACAAGGACACGAGAGGUUUUUCUUCUCAAUAAAAGUGGAUCAAAGAGCUACUGGACGGCUCUGCUGGACAAACAAGAAAGACACAGCAAAACGGAGGUGUUUUCUAUCUCUCCCACCAGUGGGGUGCUGGAGGCUCAUGUCAGCCACACAUCGGCCAGUAAAGAGAUGUUACUGGUCACCUUCACAGCAAGGACAAACACUGACUAUGAGACAGCGGUGACGGUGCACGGAAUGCUGGGAGAGAAGCCGCAGAGACUAAUUAUUAGAGGGCGAGGAUCCUAUGAUGAAAAAUAUGAAGCUCUGCUGAAUGCAUAGCUCC